AUGUUUCCUCGAUUUUUAUUGGCGCUCCUUAUUUGGUCGCCACUCGUUUCUGCCCAUCCAACGUCGGUGACCGUCAAGGCCACGUAUAAUCAGCAAAUUGUGAAUCUCAUCGUAUGGAUAUGUCCCGAUCCAACAUUAUUCGGAAUGAUCCAAACGGCGUUGCAAAACUAUCGAACCGUCGAUGAUAUUAACAAAUCAGUGCAGGAUCAGGUGCAAGGAUAUAAAAAUGGGAUUUGGCUGGUGAACACAGUGAACUACAGUCGAACAACAGCCGACACUGAUCCGAAGCCGAACACCAUGUCGAAGAAGAUUUGCUUCGUGCAAGCUCCCGACGAGGAAAUCAUUGUAUUUGUUGCUGGUGUAAUGGUGUAA